AUAUCUUCCCCUUUUAAAAUGAGUAUAUCCUUUAUUGAAGUAAAGGAACUCAGUACCUAUCGGCUCUUCGCAUCGCUCCGCACAUGCUGAAAGGCCGAGGCUCGGGUCUUGGCAAAGAUUUACGGGGCCGCGAACCUGAAGAUCAACUUUCGCAUUCACCUCCACCCUCCACCUCCUACCUCACCUUUCAAGAAGCUUAAGUCAAAAGGCUCAAUCAAUCUCUCAAUAUCUCGAUCGCGGUCUUCUUUGACACACAUACCGCUCUCCCAUCCAAUACUCUCACAACCAUCCAAAAUCAAUCCACCAACCCAUAAUGGCAAACAAAGAGUUCAUCAUCAAACACAUGAAUGCCGACCACGGCGACUCCCUCCAACUCUACCUACAAGCCUACAACGGAAUUAGCGCCCGCGAAUCCCAAGGCGCCACCCUCGAAGAGCUCACCCUCUCAAACCUCAUCCUCAAAGCCAACGGCACACGCUACAACGUCCCCCUCCAACCCCCAAUGAAAGACUACACCGAAGCCCGCGGCCGCCUCGUCGCCCUACACAAAGAAAGCCUCACUAAACUCGGCCGCUCCGACGUAACCCUCACCGAAUACCGUGCCCCGCGCGGCUUCCAAGCCGUUAUCUUCGGCCUGGUGUUGUUCACUUAUGCCACCUGCUGGCAGCGUAGCAAUCUCCUACCGGGCGCAUUUGUCUUCGAGAAUAUGGGAUUCAAGUUUGUUCCAGACUUUGCCCAUUUCAUUUAUAGGAUCUGGCCGGUAUUUUUCCCGUCCGUGGUUGCAAUUCACGUCCUGGAGAGUGUCGCGAUGGCCGUGUUGCGGCUGAAGCCGAUGGGUGUGCCCGUUGGUUCGGGGUUGUGGUUUACUUGGAUGGGUUCGUGCUUUAUUGAGGGAUUCGGGGCAUUUGCACGUAUUCGGGAUAUCGUUAAGGAGGAGAGGGCGAAGAAGGGCGGGAAGAGGGAAUGAGGUGGUGGGGUGGAGGUGUGAUGGUGUCAGGAUAUGGAACGUAUCAAAGAUGGUGCAGAACUUCCGGACAUGAUCAUUUGAUUUGUUGAUAUUGGUGUAUGGAAUUCCUCUUCCCGAUAUGUCUGUCAAGUAGGAUGUAUCGCUAGCGAGAACCCAGCUUAUUUUCAAAGCACCGAGAGGUGUUCGGAGAGAGUAAAUUCUAGCAAUGAAGAAGUUGACAGACUAGUAGUACUGUAGAUGC